AUGACUUACACUCUCUUCUACUCGCUCUUAUUUUCGGUCAUCAUCUGCGGAACGGCCCUCUACCUUACUCGUUCGCGAUGGAUCUCAUUACUUCCGGUACCAGACUACAUCUACCAUCGACUUCCCUCUAGCUUCACGGGCGAUCUGGAGGCCGGCUUAAGCUCGUCACAAUUCGACAUUGGCGCGAACAUUGCGGGCGGCGAUACGAGAAGUGGCCUAGACCAACGAGCCAAGCAGGAGGUGCAAAGGAUUAUGAAGACUCGUAAGGUCAAUUUUGAUGAAGCACGACGGAUUUACACCGAACAGCGAUUCGCAAAGAACAAUAUUGGACCGGACGGUCGACCUCGAGACCCCAAAUUUGUUUCAUUUUCAUGA